UGUGUAAGAUGACGUGAGGCUGGGUUUUCCCGAAUGAUCUGUGUCUGCAAUAUUAAGUCUGCACAUACCCGGGUCCCGCUAACUGCUGUCUGACGGCCGGUCUGUCUGUCUGUGUGGAGGCUCGCUGUCCAAUGGCGGGCAGUGGAUUGCUGCAGUCCACCGUCUGUCAUGGCCUUGAUAUCAACAACAAUGAGACUUUCCUGCAACAACCUGCCAUUCAAGCAGUACAAACCUUUGGACCUUACGAAAUCAGUAUUUUGAUCGAAGCUGUGAAGAAAGUUCUCGAAAAAGGCCUGCAGCCACAAGCCUCCACACUUUUAAAUGCUUUGGAUGAACUGCAGUCCCAGGUCAGUGAAAGCAGCCCCACAUCUGCCCUUAGCUCACCCUCCUCAUGUACUUCCACCACAAACUCUGAACUAGAAAGACAUAAAGAAGAAAAGAUCGACCCCUCCCAGGCACCUGACACUAAACGCAGCCAUGAUGCUCAAACGAAAGGACAUAACGAAAAAUACUUUCUCAACGAGGAGUCGAUGUCAUUGGAAACUGACGGUGACUGUCUGUCCUCUGAAUUCAACCAGAUCCAACAACCUCCUGAUGCACCAAAGGCUCCUGAGAAAGAGGCUGCCAGUAAACAUAAACAACAGGACGACCAGCAAUGCUUGAUGAUAAAAUAUAAGGCACUUAAGCGUGCAAAUGAGUUGUUGAAGGAGAGGCAGACCUGCAGGCAAUGCCGUUCUCAACCAGUUUCAAUAACAUUUCUACCCUGCGGCCACUAUUCCUACUGCUACGAUUGUGGGAAAACUUUUAGCACCUGCCCGAUUUGCCAUAAAACUAUUCUUGCUGAUGUGAAAACUUUUAGAGCAUAAAAAGAAAUGAACAGAAGAACAGAAACUCACUCAAAUGCUAGUUUUUUGACGAAGACAGUUUAAAAAAAGGUUAAAAUUUUAUUUUUUAUUGUAAAACACUAAUACUUAUACAAUUUCAGUUGAUCUGUGUUAGUCAACAGGCUGAGUAAGGAAGUUUUUUUAUACCAUUUUCUGUUUCAAAAGGUAAUAAAAAAUGUUUGGCAUUACUUGGUUUACAUGCUA